UACGACAACACCACUCCUACAGAAAACAUCGCCUUCAUUCCUCAAAUCAUUUCUCGAUCUUCCCCAAACCCAAACCCUCGCCGUCACCCUCCGCCGCCGGCCAUGGCCGACCCGCAAUUUAUCAUCGGCACCUCCAUCUCCGAGAUGCUCGCCGGCAUGGAGCUAGACGGCGAGGACCCUCAUACGCUGGACCUCGGCACAAACUAUCUGCUCUACUUCCUGUACGACUACCUCCCGCACCCGCCGGUCUCCCCCACCGCCACCCUCUUCCCCUCCGGCUUGCCGUUGCUCCCCGACGGCGUCGACCGCAUCAGCCGCCUCCCCGAUGCGGUCCUCCGCGGAAUCGUCUCCCGCCUCCCCGCCAAGGACGCCGCGCGCACCUCCGCCCUCUCCUCGCGCUGGCGCCCCCUCUGGCGCGCGGCGCCCCUCUCUCUUGUCGACAGCCACCUGCUUCCGGACGGCGGCGCGGCCGGGCAGUUCCCCAUCGGCGUUCCCUCUCCCCGUGCCGUCACCGCCGCGGUGUCCCGCGUCCUCGCGGCGCAUCCGGGGCCCUUCCGCUGCGUCCACCUCACCCGCAGCACCAUGGAGGAGCACCGGGGCGAGAUGUCGCGCUGGCUCGACAUCCUCGUCGCCAAGGGGGUCCAAGAACUCGUCUUUGCCAACCGCCCUUGGCCGAUUGACCUGCGCCUCCCCGCCACGAUCUUCGGCUGCGCCUCUCUCACCCGCCUCUAUCUCGGCGUGUGGAGGCUCCCGGACACCGCCGCAGUGCCGCGCGGCGCCAGCUUCCCCAACCUCAAGGAGCUCGGUCUGUGCUGCUGUGUCAUGGAGGACCAUGAUCUGGCCUUCAUGCUUGAAAGAAGCCCCGUCCUGGAGUUCCUCGUCCUCAUGGGGAGCCAGACCGGAGUGGGCCUCCGCCUCGUCAGCCACAGCCUGCGGUGCGUUCAGCUGGGAUUCACCAUGUUGGAGGACAUCGACGUGGUGGAUGCUCCUCGCCUGGAGAGGCUCUUUCAGUGGCAAAUUGUGUCUCCGGGACAGGUCGCCAUGAACUGCUCUUUCAGAAUCAAGAUUGGCCGUGCACCUAACCUCCGUGUGCUGGGAUACCUUAAGCCAGGAGAUCAAGAGCUGGGGAUUAGCAACACCGUCAUCGUGGCUGGGGCCAAGGAGUGCAUUGUGCCUAGUGUCCAGAUUUUGGGCAUAGAGGUGCAAUUCGGCCUCCGCAAUGCUGUCAAGAAAGUGCCUGGCUUUCUCAGAUGCUUCCCUAACCUGGAGACGCUCCAUGUCUAUUCCCGCCGCAUAUCUGAAGAGUCCACUGGCAAGGUCAAUCUAAAGUUUUGGCAGGAGGGCGGUCCAAUGAAAUGCGUGGUGCAGAGCAUGAAGAAGGUGUUCUUCUAUGAGUUCCAAGGGUUGAGAAGCGAGGUUGCUUUCCUCAAGUUUAUCGCGGAGAGAGGUCGGGUGCUGGAGCAGAUGGUGGUCGUGGUGGCAAGCAAAUGUUUCUCCUCUGGCGAGGAUAAUGUGAGGGCCAAGCUGAAGCCUCUAACGAGCGCGAAUUGGAGCAGCAAAGCUUGCAAAGUAGAGUUGUGCAAGAGCACGCGCACUGAACCUGGAAGUCCUAUUUACAGCAACAAGAUAGCUUCUGAUUUUGGGUUUGCUGACCCUUUUGACCUCCUCGAGUACCACUAGAAGGCAGAAAGGAUCUCUGUAAGUUAAUUAGUAGCACUAUGCAAGACUACUUGUUACUCAGCUAGACUUGGUGUUUGUUGGACUUGGCAGCAUUUCUCUUGGCAAGCUGUGGUAUGCUUUCUGGAUGUGGUGUUUGCAUGAUGAGGCUGUUUGUGCCAAGAAGUGGCUGGAUUGCUGGUGGGAGUAACUUCUUCAAGUCUGUUCCAUCUUCGAAUUGGAUAAAAUGUUUGUAGUACCAAUAAUUUCUUCAAGUCUCACUUUAUUUUCCUUUUUACAUUGCACUCCAUCUUUAGGUCUGGUGGGAGUAUGGUCUUUCUGGUUUGUCAAACUACAAUUUCAUUUAUGCUGUCAAGUUGUUGUAGGUGGCAUGAAUUAACGCAGUGAGUUAGGAGUGCCCUUGAGGAUGUUACGGCACACUGUUUGUUUAUUAGACUGCUAGUGAUGCAUGGUGAAAGAAAAGUUCAGUUAGUAGGUGUGCCGGCAGGAAGUUGCUGCUUACAGAUGUUCUUUUGCCUAGCUUAAACUAUCACAAAAGGUUUGCUGUAAUUGCUUCAUGGAAGAAUCUGGAUGACUUAUAUAACAGCGUGUGAUACAACUCUAUGCUCUGAAUGUACUUCAAACUAAAUUGAGGAUUUCA